GGCUAAAAUUUCUAUUUUUCACUCUUACCUCCUGCUGCAUUGAACUCCUAAAAGAAACCCUUGUUUUCCCAAUCAAAACCUAUUCACUCUAAAAUUCCCAAUUCGCGGAUAAUCGGAAGCUGUAUUCCUAAAUCUUGCUGAUCAAGGUCUAUUCUUUCUCAAACUUAGAAGCCAACAAGGAUAUAUUCAAUAUUCGGUCCCAAAGGUCCUGGUGAUGCAAUUGACGUGUAUUUGCAGCCUCUUAUUGAGGAGCUGAAAAAGCUUUGGGAAAUUGGUGUUGAGACUUAUGAUGCAGCAUCACAACAUCAUUUCCAGCUCCGUGCAUGUUUGAUGUGGACUAUUAAUGAUUUUCCAGCAUACGCAAUGCUUUUAGGAUGGAGUACUAAAGGGUAUUUGGCUUGUCCUUGUUGUUUAAAAGGUACUCGAUCAGAGAGGCUAUUUUACGGGGGUAAAGAAUGCUAUAUGGGCCAUCGAUGCUAUUUGCCAAAGAAUCAUAUAUGGAAAAAGGAUAAAGAUUCAUUCGAUGGAAAAGUUGAUCAUAGUCAACCUCCAGAACCAUAUUCAAUUGACGAUGUUCUUUAUCAACUUGAGGACUUGGAGAACAUUAUUUUGUCUAAUGAUCCUAGCGUGAAGACAAAAAUAUCUCAUGACCUUAGGGGGGACAAUUGGAAUAAAAAAAGUAUUUUCUUUGAGCUUCCAUAUCGGAGGACACAUCUAUUACGACAUAAUUUAGAUGUGAUGAAUAUUGAGAAGAACAUAUGUGAUAGUAUUCUUGGGACAAUUAUGAAUAACAUAGGGAAGACCAAAGACAAUUUGAAAUCAUGUCUUGACUUGGAAGAUAUGGGGUUGAGGUCUACGUUGCACCCAUUAAAAGAAGGGGAAAAAUGGAAAAUUCCUCCGGCUCCAUAUACUUUUUCCCCAUCUGAAAAAAAAAAAAAACAUUUUUGCAAUUUUUUGAAAGAGCUAAAAGUUCCUGAUGGUUUUUCAUCAAAUAUUUCUUAUUGUGUGAAUUCAAAGGAAUUGGAAAUUUCGGGAUUAAAGAGUCAUGACUGUCAUGUAAUACUCGAGCAUUUGCUUCCUUUAGCAAUAAGUGAUCUUCUCACACCAUUGGUACGUGAAGCAGUAAUUGAGUUGUCCAUGUAUUUUACAUUAUUAUGUGCUUUUACACUUAAGGUUGAUGAAUUAGAGCAACUAGAGACUCAAAUUCCUAUCACUCUCUGUAAAUUAGAGAAGGUUUUUCCUCCCUCCUUCUUUGAUGUGAUGAUGCAUUUACCUAUACAAUUAGCUAAUGAAGCAAAGAUUGGAGGGCCGGUUUAGUUUCGAUAGAUGUAUCGUAUUGAGCAAUAUAUGUAUAAGCUGGAGUCUUACAUACGGAAUAGGGCCCAUCCAAAGGCUUCUAUCGCAGAAGGUUAUUUAGUGGAGGAGUGUAUGAAUCUUUGUUCAAGGUAUAUGCAUAAUGUAGAGACAAGAUUUAAUCGUCUUGAUCGAAAUUAUGAAAA